AUGGGGCAACGAAACACAAAGGCAGAAGACGAGACAGAGACCGCGGAGGAUCUGGCAACAGGAGGAUCUGGCAACAAGAGGAUCUGGCAACAAGAGGAUCUGGCAACAGGAGGAUCAGGCAACAAGAGGAUCUGGCAACAAGAGGAUCUGGCAACAAGAGGAUCUGGCAACAACUGGCAACAGGAGGAUCUGGCAACAGGAGGAUCUGGCAACAGGAGGAUCUGUUUACCAGGUACACAUCCUAUCGAAGGAAGUCGCUCGUGCGUCGCAAGAACGGGUACCAAGCGAAAGCAAGAGAAACAGCAAGACGCAGCGCAGAGACAGCCAGAGACCGCAAGAGACAGCACAGAAACAGAAAGAUACAAUGCAGAGAUAGCAAGACACGGCACAGAGGCAGCAAGAGACAGCAAGACACAGCGCAGAGACAGCAAGAGACAGCAGGACACAGCACAGAGACAGCAAGAGACAGCAGGACACAGCACAGAGACAGCAAGAGACAGCAAGACACAGCGCAGAGACAGCAAGAGACAGCAGGACACAGCACAGAGACAGCAAGAGACAGCAGGACACAGCACAGAGACAGCAAGAGACAGCAAGACACAGCGCAGAGACAGCAAGAGACAGCAAGACACAGCGCAGAGACAGCAAGAGACAGCAGGACACAGCACAGAGACAGCAAGAGACAGCAAGACACAGCACAGAGACAGCAAGAGACAGCAAGACACAGCGCAGAGACAGCAAGAGACAGCAGGACACAGCACAGAGACAGCAAGAGACAGCAGGACACAGCACAGAGACAGCAAGAGACAGCAAGACACAGCGCAGAGACAGCAAGAGACAGCAAGACACAGCGCAGAGACAGCAAGAGACAGCAGGACACAGCACAGAGACAGCAAGAGACAGCAAGACACAGCACAGAGACAGCAAGAGACAGCAAGACACAGCGCAGAGACAGCAAGAGACAGCAGGACACAGCACAGAGACAGCAAGAGACAGCAAGACACAGCACAGAGACAGCAAGAGACAGCAAGACACAGCACAGAGACAGCACAGAGACAGCAAGAGAAUCAUGGUAAUCGAGCCGCCCUCGCGAACCCUCAAACGAGGAUCUGGCAACAGGAGGAUCUGGCAACAGGAGGAUCUGGCAACAGGAGGAUCUGGCAACAGGAGGACCUGGCAACAGGAGGAUCUGUUUACCAGGUACACAUCCUAUCGAAGGAAGUCGCUCGUGCGUCUCAAGAACGGGCAUUACUCUCCUGUUCAGCUGCAGGCCUCGCUAAAGAGGCCAUCGCUGAGGCCAUUACAGUUGGGGAAACCAUACCUGAGGCCAUCCCCGUUGAAGAAACCAUACCUGAGGCCAUUCCAGUUGGGGAAACCAUACCUGAGGCCAUUCCAGUUGAGGAAACCAUACCUGAGUCAAUUCCAGUUGGGGAAACCAUACCUGAGGCCAUCCCCGUUGGGGAAACCAUACCUGAGGCCAUUCAUGUUGGGAAAAAGAUAGCCGAGGCCAUUUCAGUCAAUAAAACCAUAGCUGAGGCCAUUACAGUCGAUAAACCAUAG